UGAAUAAGUGCUAAACAAUUUGGAGAAAACAGGGGAUCAGGUAAGCUGCAUUCUCUGACUUUAAUUCAACAUACUGGGAGAAGAUUGUAUGCAUUCUGUUUGGUUUACUGUUUUAUCAGAUUGAAAUAUAUAACGGGCAUUUGAAUUUUUCUGUUAAAUGUAUCGCGAUUAAAACUGUAAACCUCUUUCAACAUUUGCAGACAAGAAGCUGUCCUUCAACACACAGGCUGUGAAGUCCAGAUAUGUCCUCUCUCAGGACUGUCUUUAACGAAUCUGUCAUUGUUCAUCCUCCAGGCUUUUACAUAGUUGGAUUUGAGACAUUUCCCUUUAUCAGUGUCUACUUCAUCUUUCUGGUGUUUGUUUAUGCUGUGACAUUGCUCUUCAACAGCUUGGUGAUCUGUAUAAUUGCUUUUGACCAUUGUUUACACACUCCAAAGUUUUUGGCAGUAGCUAACCUGGCCGUAGUUGAUGUAAUUCUUAACACGUGUACGAUUCCCAGCAUGAUAAAGAUAUUCCUGGUUAAGAACAAUUUCAUUCCAUACAACUUGUGUCUGGUGCAAAUGUUUUUCUACUAUGCUUUUGCGACUUUGGAGUCAUAUGCGCUUGCUGUUCUUGCCUACGACAGGUUGAUCGCAAUUUGUUUCCCUUUGCGUCAUAGCUCCAUUAACACACUGCGGAGCAUGUCUUAUAUUUUGGGCAUGACUUGGGCUUUAGGUUUGGGAACCACUGUGUUUGCAGUAGUUAUAAUGACAAAACUGUCUUUUUGCAAUUCUGUCCAAGUGUUCAGCUAUUUCUGUGACUAUGCGCCUGUGUUCCGACUUGCUUGUAAUGAUUUCUCAAUGCAGUGGACCGUGGCCUCUUUGCUCGCCAUCCUGUUACUUGUGGGACCCUUUACUUUCAUAGUUCUGUCUUACGUCAGCAUCCUGGGGACUGUGUUCAGGAUGAAAUCUUUAGACAAUCGAGUUAAAGCUUUGGCGACUUGUAUUGAGCAUCUAAUUCUUGUUGCAAUAUUUUACAUUCCUCUCAUUACCAUUUUUACUAUUGGGUUUUACAUGCGUCUCAUUGACCCGGACCAGCGUGUGCUGAGUCUGUCUCUGGCAUCUUGUCUCCCACCCUGCAUCAAUCCUAUUGUAUACUCUUUGAAAACCAAAGAGAUUAAAGUAAGAUUCCUGGCACUUGUAAAAAACAAAAAAAUUCGCACAGACCACAAGAGCAAAAAUUGGAGGAUUAAUGACACAUCAAUGAAAUUACGGCGCUAAAUGUUUGUAUUGUGUUAAAAGAAAAAAACACUGUGGACUCUAAGAAUUAAAAUCCCAGUGUUUUUUUUUUUUGUUAAAUUACAUCAAUUUAACAGGAUUCAAGGUUAUAGGCACUUUGAUAGUUGUUGUGUGGAAGUCUGUUUCCCAUCAAUAUGCU